GAAUAAUUUUGUAUUAAGAUGCCGCCUUUGCCUUAGUACGAACCAACAACAUUACAGUUCCGUUUUCGAUCAAUACGAACUAGACACGCUGGCCAAAAUCAUUAAUCUCUGCGUUGGAGUAAAGAUUCGAAGAAAUGAUGGAAUUACGCAAGACAUCUGCAGCUCCUGCCGGAUGGAAAUCAUUCAUUUUUACGGGGUUCGAAAACGCUGCAUAAGUUCGGACACGGUUUUACACAACGAGCGCAAUGCCCACCGCGAACUUAAAUGCUGUUCACCGCUAAACGACACAGGAACAAAAGAAAAUGCAUUCAUAAAAAUUGAACCUGCUGCAUGCGAAACUGAUCAUGAGAACGAUACACAAACGGGAGAGUCCCAAUAUGUUGUAGAAGACGACGGCGUGGAACACAAGACAGAGCUAGCAGCAGUUGAAGAGAGCUCCCUAGAAACGGACGAACUGGAAGUGCUGAUCUAUGACGUCUCUGAAUUGCCCGAAGAAGGAAAUCUUAUUGGCGAAAUUAAAGUAGACUUGCACGAGAGCCAAGAAGAGUUAGGAGAAGGAUGUUUAAUGGAACCGGAAUAUUUAAUAGAAACAGACAAGUUUCAAUCCGCAGUAAACAGUGAUGACGACUCCGAUCUGCCCACUGAUGCCCAAAGUAAUUCACAGUCGGAAUCUUAUGCGGAACCUGCAUCCGAGAUGCAGGCGCAAAACUGUGGUGACGACUCCGAUAUAUUAACUGAUACCCAAAGUAAUGCGCCGUCGGAACGUUAUGCCGAGGAACCAUCCGAGGAUGUUCUGCGCUUUGUAUGCUGUGGUUGUAAGGCAACCGAAUUCAACAGCCAAGAGGAGCUAGAUGCACAUCGGUAUGAAAGGCAUCAAAGGUACCGCAUUCCGGAUUGCGUUGUGCGACCAUUCGAAUGUGAACUGUGCUAUACGCGAUUUUUUAAGGAAAAGCAACUUACCAACCAUAGAGAGCGCCGCUUGAGGAGGCGCAAAUUCGUUUGUAUUUCAUGCGGAAUGGGUUACUUUACGAGCGCCUCCCUGCGUCGUCACGAGAUCCUGUGCCUGGGACAGGAAAAACUGCCGUGCGAUGUGUGUGGGAAGCUGUUCCGGGGCAAAGUUUCGUUGGCGCAUCACAUGAAGCUGCAUCAACAGGACAAAAUAUACGCUUGCACGGUAUGUGGUAAAACGUUUAAGUCAAAACAUGCACUACCCAUUCAUAUGGUUAAGCACUCGGCCGAACAACCGUUUCGGUGCCAAAUCUGCCCUGCUAAAUUUAAAUUAAAGCAGUCACUGCGAAACCAUGAACUUCGCCAUGCGAAUCCUCGCCCGAUCAAAUGUGACUUUUGCGAUGAGUAUUUCAACAAUUUCGCGAUUCGCAAAUAUCAUCGAAUGACCGUACACGAGGGGUUGGAUCCGUAUCGUUGCGAAGAAUGCGGCAUCAGUUUCAGACGUAAGCUGCUUUUAAAACACCAUAUGGAACAGACACAUGGAAUUGGAAACAUGGGAGAGAAUGGGAACCUCAAAUGUUAAUAGAAAAACUAAGUAGAAAUAAUAAUAACAAUAAAUGGAAGAACAUUAACA